AUGGCCGAAGCUUACAAUGCGACCUUAACAAAGGUUCCUGAAUGGCUUAACAAAGGAGACAACGCAUGGCAGCUCACGGCGGCGACUCUGGUCGGUCUACAAAGCAUGCCAGGUCUAGUCAUCCUCUACGCCUCCAUCGUCAAGAAGAAAUGGGCUGUGAACUCCGCUUUUAUGGCUCUCUACGCCUUCGCCGCUGUUCUCCUCUGUUGGGUCCUCCUCUGUUACAAAAUGGCUUUCGGAGAUGAGCUUUUACCUUUCUGGGGUCGAGGUGGUCCCGCCUUCGACCAAGGAUACCUCAAAGACAGAGCCAAGAUCCCAUCAACUGUCUUUAAGUCAGCAAACGGGACGAUAGAGAUACCAGCGGUGAUGCCGUUGUUUCCCAUGGCGACUUUGGUGUAUUUUCAGUUCACUUUUGCGGCGAUAACGACAAUACUUGUGGCCGGGUCGGUGUUGGGGAGGAUGAAUAUUAAAGCGUGGAUGGCUUUUGUGCCGUUGUGGCUGAUCUUUAGCUACACAGUCGGAGCUUAUAGUAUAUGGGGGGGUGGGUUUCUGUACCAAUGGGGAGUUAUUGAUUACUCCGGCGGAUAUGUUAUUCAUCUCUCCUCUGGUGUUGCCGGCUUCGUCGCAGCUUAUUGGGUGGGACCUAGGCCGCAAGCUGACAGAGAAAGAUUUCCACCGAACAAUGUUCUUUUAAUGCUUGCCGGAGCUGGUCUUCUAUGGAUGGGAUGGUCCGGUUUUAACGGCGGAGCUCCAUACGCGGCCAACAUAACCUCCUCAAUCGCGGUGCUCAACACCAACCUCUCCGCUGCCACAAGCCUCCUAGUAUGGACCACACUCGAUGUUAUCUUCUUUGGCAAACCUUCUGUCAUAGGAGCCAUUCAAGGCAUGGUCACUGGUCUCGCCGGCGUUACUCCCGGAGCAGGAUUGAUUCAAACAUGGGCAGCUAUAAUAAUUGGAAUAUUCUCAGGAUCAGUUCCAUGGGCCUCUAUGAUGAUCCUUCACAAGAAAUCAGCUCUCCUCCAACAGGUCGAUGAUACGUUAGCAGUAUUCUACACACACGCAGUAGCCGGGAUACUAGGUGGAACAAUGACCGGCUUAUUCGCACAUCCUGAUCUCUGCGAGCUGACACUUCCUAACCCAACCAGAGGAGCUUUCUACGGCGGCGUUGGCGGCAAACAGCUUUUGAAACAGUGGGCCGGAGCUGCCUUCAUUAUUGUAUGGAAUCUGGUGUCGACGACUCUCAUACUUCUUGCUAUCAAAAUGUUCAUACCAUUGAGAAUGGCUGAGGAAGAGCUUGGGAUUGGAGAUGACGCUGCUCAUGGAGAAGAGGCUUAUGCUCUUUGGGGAGAUGGAGAGAAGUUUGAUGCCACGAGGCAUGCAACACAAAUGCAACAGUUUGAGAGAGAUCAAGAAGCUGCUCAUCCUGCUUAUGUUCAUGGUGCUAGAGGUGUAACCAUUGUUUUAUAAAAACAUCUUUAUGUGCUUUCAUUUUUUUUUUUUUUGUGUCUCCUUUUUUUUUCUUUUGGUGUUGUAGAGACAUGAAAGAGUGAUGUGUUAUUUUGUUAAAUUUGGUAGAAUUGGUCAUUUAGCUUAGUAUUCGUUUGUAAUGAACAUACUUUCUUAGUUUUCUCUGUACCAAUAACAAAUAUUUUUGCCAA